AUGGAGAUACAGACUUGUGGCAAGCCAAUUGACUCCUUGUUAGAGAAAGUGCUGUGCAUGAAUAUUCUGUCGUCUGAUUACUUCAAGGAGCUCUAUAGAUUAAAAACGUAUCAUGAAGUUAUUGAUGAGAUCUAUAAUCAAGUUGAUCACGUAGAGCCGUGGAUGACUGGCAAUUGUCGUGGUCCUUCAACUGCUUUCUGUCUUCUUUACAAGUUUUUUACAAUGAAGCUCACUGUCAAGCAAAUGCACGGGCUGUUGAAACACCCGGAUUCUCCUUACAUAAGAGCGGUUGGAUUUCUCUAUCUGAGAUAUUGUGGAGACCCAAAGACACUGUGGAGCUGGUUCGAGCCAUAUAUAAAAGAUGAUGAGGAAUUUUCUCCAGGAUCUAAUGGUCGAAUGACUACAAUGGGUGUAUACGUCCGUGAUUUGCUACUUGGACAGUAUUACUUCGACACACUGUUUCCUCGCAUCCCUGUUCCUGUAUUGCGACAGGUUGUGGCUAAUCUUGAAAAGUUGAAGCUCCCCACUACACAUUCUGGUUCAACAGGGGAAUCUACCCGUCAUGGUUCCGAUGAUACUGCCCGUAGACCACCUUCUGUUAAAGCUGCCCUUUCUGUCUCUUUUGGUCAGCGGGCUCCUCAUCGAGCCUCCACAAGGGAUUCUUCACCUAUUCGCCGGACAUUACCAUCUCACGAAAGAAAUGGAAGUGAUGACAUAAGAAGAUCUCCAAGUAAUCGUCGCAGCCAGAGCCGUGAAUAUCCUGAUAGGGAUAGGGAUCGAGAUCGAUCACGGUCCAGAGACAGGGAUCGCGAUUAUGAUAGGGAUCGGGAACGGGAACGUGAUAGGGACAGAUACCGUGACCGAGAUAGAAACAGGGAGUGGGAGCGGGAAAGAGAACGGGAAAGAUACAGGGAUCGUGACUCCGAGAGAGAUCCAGAAAGAGACAAAAUCAGAAGGGACAAGGAGCGGGAAAGAGAGAGGAGUUAUGAUUAUGAUAGGAGGUCUAAGCACACAGAUAAAGAAAGCAGCCGGGAUUAUGACAAUGGUAGUAGACACUAUCGGAGGAGUCGGAGUAGAAGUAGGAGCAGGAGUAGAAGUCAGAGCCUGCAAGCUGGCACUGCUCGGUAUGAAUCGCAUUCUAGCCCACAGAGAGAUGGGAGUAAAAGAACUUCCGCAUCCAGUAAUCUAGCUAAACUUAAAGAUAUGUAUGGUGAUUUAGGGGAUAAUAAAGGAGAUACCAACAUGGAAAAAAUUCGUAGAAAGGAUAGUGGAGGGGAAGAGGUUAUUAGACUUGGCGGGUCUACUUGGAAGUAUUGA